AUCCCAUACUUUAAAAUCUCUCUACAAAAUCUCAUCUCUUCUUUUCUCUCAAUCUACUGAAGUAGUCACUAUGAUCAGUUCCAAGAAACUCAUCAACAUGGCAAAGAAAUGGCAGAAAUUUGUGAUGAUCAGAAGGAAAAGAAUAUCAUUUUCAAAACAGACUGAGGAAGUAGAUAGCUGCAGUACGCCAGUUAGCAAAGGCCAUUUUGUAAUCUACACAGCUGAUCAAAAGCGGUUUGUUAUUCCCCUAUCUUUUCUUGACAACAAAAUCAUCAGACAACUGUUGGAAAUGUCGGAAGAAGAAUUUGGACUUCCAAGUGAUGGACCUAUUACAUUACCGUGUGAUGCAGUCUUCAUGAAGUACAUCGUGUCACUACUUAGCCGAGGUGCAAGCACAGAACUCCAGAAUGCUUUGCUUGUAUCUGUAACUUCAAACCGAUGCUCCUCAGCUUCAUUGCAUCAAAGUUGGAGAAAUCAGACAUUUCUUAUUUGCUGACUUCAUUGUCAAUAUUUUUUUUUUGGUAAACUAUAGAAAUUUAGAGAUAGCUGAUUCAUCAAAUAUGUGCAAAAAUAUUAGCACACAUGCAAUAGUAUACCUUUUUCAGAAUAUUAAUUUUUAGUUUAUUUGAUGAUUUCA